GAUCCCAUUAUCUUCGGCUCCCUUGUCUGAAAAAUCAGUUUUGUAUUUCUCUCUCAAACUUUCUCGGCUGUUCACAAUUACAUAAAGUGAUUUUCAUCACUCUUCGGAGAGAGAAAGAGAGAGUGAGAGUUUCAGAGCUUUGUAUUGUGAGAAGCAUUCUGCGUCGUCGUUUUGAAGAUUUGAAGAAUUUGUAUAUAUAUAUAUAUUUGUACGUGUCUGUGUGUGAAAGAGAGAGAGACAGUUUGAUCGUGAAGGAAAGUGGAAACAACGCCGUAAGUCACACGCUCUUGAAUAACCCUAACACUCUUCUCUCAGAUCACUAUAUUACUGAGCUUCCCAACUGUACCUUCAGCUUGUUUUGUCUUCUGGGUCUCUGUAAGUUUUGUUUGAAGCUAGCUGGUUUUCAUGCUCGAGCUUCCUUGUGGUGUGAUUGCAAAAAUAAAAUGCUCCGAUUGUGAGUGAGUUUCAGUUUGAGGUACACUUGAACUACGAAUUGCCUUCUAAGCGCAUCAAGUUUGUGUUUAAGAAGAGUUGGGACAAUGAAGUGGUCCAGUCCAUCAUGAUUUCUUCUGGGGACAUCACUAUUUUCAUAUAGAACAUAAUUAACAAGUAAAUUUGUCAUUGCAUAUUUAAUGCCUGGUAACGAAAUUGAAGACAAGAUCCGCAUCCUUUACGAGCUAGGAAACGUUUCCCUGGGUCAGCAUCGUUCCCAAUCUGUAGAUGACAGCCAUUCAGUGCUUAUUUAUGAUCAAUGGCUUGAAAAACAGAGACAAAGCUUCAAUCUGAAGAAUUCUACUGUGGAACAAUUUGAUUCUUUCAGAGGUCAUGGUAGUGAACCUUUGAGUCCUUUUGACCAAAACUAUGGACAAUCAACUCAAAGACCUGACUUUUAUAGAAGUGAAUCCAUCAAUCAAGAGCUAAAUACACAUGGCUUUAUGCUUGAACAACAGAAUUUCCAGGAAAAGCAGAAUCAGUUGGACUUUUUGGGGGACAUCACAGGUGCCAUCCCACAUAAUUUAAUGUCAAGAGGUUUAUCUGUUCUUAAGUCUCAGCAAGAAUAUGCACCAGUGGACAGUCCCACCCUGACAACUAAUUCAGAAAGGUCAGAAAUGACAGAUGCUUCUACGGAAUUUAACUUCAUUGGAGGCCAGCAACAUGUAAGUGGCCAGCAACCAGGUAUUCAUCAACCUACCCCAGUGCAGCAGUCUGGGUAUAAUGAUGCACAGUUGUUACAGCAACAGAUAAUGUUGAAAAAACUUCAAGAACUUCAGAGGCAGCAACAACUACAACAAUUUGGUGAUGCAAGGCAACUGAACUCUCUACAUCAGCACUCUUCACUCCCAAAGCAGGCUUCUGGAGUUCCGUAUUCAACACUCAUUAACGGAGCACUGGUUAAUGAUGCUUCACAAAUGUAUAUGAACUGGGUGCAGCGGGGUGCAUCUCCUGCAGCACAAGGUAUGUCUAACAGAGAUGUUUUUUCACAAGAGCAAGGGCAGAAUCUGCGGUCAAUGCCUGUGGUUUCUCAGCAGUUUGAUGUUUCAUUAUAUGGUACUCCUGUAGCUAGUGCAAGAGGUACAACAAACCAUUAUUCUAAUGUCCAGGGGAUGUCACAUGAUUCUUCUAAUUUGUUAAACAAGGUCAGUGGCGAAACACAAAAACCUGUUGUUCAAUCAACAGCAGGCAGUAAACCCUUUAUAAGUGGUCAAUGUACUAUUUCACCAGACCAGGUUAUAUCCAAAAGUGGACUUCAUGGGAAAAAUAUGUUUGGGCAAGCCCCUUUUUUACAGGAUUUACAUAGUAAUACUACUGCUACUUUUGGAAAUUCCCUGCUGGAAAGAUCCUUACAAGCAAAUGCAUCACUGCAUGACCUUACCAGAAAGCAAGACCUAGUUGGCUGGCCUGCACCCUUACAGCAAAAAACAAUGCAGCAUGACUCUUCAAAUGAUUUGGUUUCCCUAGAUCCAAUGGAAGAGAAGAUACUUUAUGACACAGAUGAUAAUGUCUGGAACGAUUCAUUUAGUGGGCACAGUGACAUGGAUGCUGGAGGCUUUGGCACUUUGGAACAAAUAGAAACUUUAAAUGCAUGUCCUUCAAUUCAAAGUGGCAGUUGGAGUGCUCUCAUGCAAUCUGCUGUUGUAGAAGCUUCAAGUAGCGAUACUGGGUUGCAGGAAGAGUGGAGUGGAUUGACGAUUGAAAAUGCAGAACUCUCUACUGAUAACCGGACAUCGAACAUCUUGGACAAUGAUAAGCAACAGAGAGAUUGGACUGAUAACAAUCUGCAGAAUGAAUCAUCACUGAGUUCUAAAUCCCCGAUUAUGCUCAAUGACUCUAGUGUUAGUACUAGCUUCCCUGGAUUUCAUCCCACAGGCACUAAAUUCAUGACCAAUCAGAGGGAAGAUCUUUGUCAGGAGGACUCACAUGAAUCUAUUCGGAACUCUCCCAAAGACACAAGGUUGUGGUUGGAUUAUAAUCCUCAACCCACAUUACCUAAGGAAGGAAAUGAGCAGGUUCAGCGAUUUCUGCACCCAUGGGCUGGCCAGAUUAAUAAGGUUUCAGAAAAUAAUGCACAUCAGCAAAGUAUACCAUCAUACAAGACUGAUAGAAGUCCAACUACCAAACCUGAAGGUCAUACUAAUGAAGCCAUGUACAAUAAAAGCGAUUCGGAUGGAUUUCCAUGGAAGGCUGGCACUGAUAGUGAGCUAACUUCAGUUUUUAGAUCAACUGGAGGGUUUACACAACUACAAUCUGAUAAUGCUCUGCUGAGCAAAGAAAGCUCACAUCUGUUCAACUCUUCUGCUGUUUCAGCAUCACGCAUAGCCAAGCCUCAACAGGAAACCAGUCAACAAGUUGCAGAUGGUAAUCAGAUUGAUUACAUGAAACAAGUUAAAAUAUCUAUGAACAAUGAGGAGAAUGAAAACAUAGGAGUGAAACAUUAUCAGAUGGGUAAUAUCUCUAAUGUUAUGCAGAACUCUUACAGUGCUGCUGAAACUUUUAGACAGCAGCAGAACUGCUAUCCAAGGGACAACUCCUAUGACAGUUACAGCCCUGAAGGAUUGAAAAUCCAGAAACAAGUGCAUACAGGGCAGUUCAAGUUUAUGGGUGAUGUUUCUAGCUUGAACAAGGGGCAUUUACCCAAUCUUCUAGGAAACUCAAGAGGUGAUUUUGAUGUAUCUGCUAACUUCCACAGAUCAAUGGGUUUCGGUGGCCCAUUUAUAAAUGCUCAAACAAGUCAAGAUAUGCUCCAGCUUCUUCCCAAGGUUGACCAAUCAAAGGAAAAUGUUGCUGUAUCAGGUUUUGGCUCCACUGGUUAUAGUCCUUCAUAUGAGUUAUCUAAGACUGGAAAUGCUCAAGGAUAUAUUGCUCAAACUUACAACCAGUCUUCUGGUUCUCAAGGUUUUUCUUUGAGGCUGUCUCCUCCUCAACGGGUAGCUAAUCCAAAUGGUCUGUUCUGUCAGGGAUCUUCACAAAAUUUAAGUAAUCUCAAUGUUAGGCAUGGACAUUAUGAUCCAGGAGAGAAAAAUCAGACCCAGUUGAAUUCUCCAUCAUCAUUUCAGUCACCACCCGCUUCAAAUGAGUUUUCUCCAAGAGACAGAUGGGAUGAUAAAUUUAACAUUGCAGAGCGCAUGGACAUGGCCUCAUCUCUGUAUUUACAUCAAAGUUCUGUUGCAGCAAUGCCUUCCAUUCCUCCUAUUUCAAGAAAUCAGCUUCAAAUGCAAUUCAUGUCCAAUGGACCUACAUUUUACCCAUCUCAGGCAACAUUGCAUGAUACAGCACAUCCACCUUUUAACCUUGCCUCAUCUCAAGAUACUUCUCAACAUACACACACUAAGACUUCCGGUCAACAAUUUCAAGGUUUGGAGGCUGUCGCAGCGCCACAGUUUCCUGUUGUAUCCAACAUUCCUCAACAGGGUGGGUUUUCAGGGAUGCCACAGAGUUUGCUGACAAAUACACAUCAGCAUCUCUCUGCUAUGAAAUCUUACAAGGUUCCUUCCAGCAAUAGUACGGAAACCACUUUAUUGACUCAACAGGAGCCAAAUAAUCAACAUUCUCAGAAAGCUGAAUAUGACCCAUCAAGAUUAAGCACAUCUUCCAUAAAUUCUCAAGGCUCUGUCUUUGAUGAAGAUCAGUCAAUUGAAGACGGGUCCCAGAAGCUUAAAUCACCUAGGGUGCUUAAAGCUUCACAGGCAGGUGCUAAGAGUGUCUCAGACAAAAUUAACUCACACCAGCAAGAUCUGGACAGAUUACAUCAGACUCAUAGCCAUUCACUGACUACCUCAGAAAGAAGUCACGAGUCCCUCGGCGAUGCAUCAAAACCAUCACAUGGUUUCCGUCAAAACUACUCCUUGCUACACCAAGUGCAAGCAAUGAAGAAUGUAGAAACUGGCCAAAGUAGAACAGUUCUAAAUGCUCAACGGCUAACUGCUAUACCAGAACGUCAGUCAGCAUAUGAUCAUCAUGCAACAUAUAAUUCAAUGGAUUCUGCAUUACAUGUUAAUUCAUCAUGUGGAGACACCAAAAUGGCUAUCCAAGAUAUACCUUCUCAAGGAAUGGUUUCAUCUCGUCAGAAUGAUUUUCAUAGUCAACCUAAUGUCCCCAUUGUGAUAUCUAAUAAUGCAGAAAACUCUUUAGCUAAUCUAAACACAGCGCCAUCUUGGUUUAAGCAGUAUGAGACUUCAAGAAAUGGGCAGAUGCCACCAAUAUUUGAAGCAAAGCUUGCAGAUACUGCAGGCGUGCAGUUCUCACUUGUAAAACCUUCUCAGACCUUUGAUAUUCAUUCUUCUGUGGGAAGGCCAAAUGUUUUAGAUGCUACUCAGAGUGGAGUUUGGCCUAGUACAACGACAGCUGAUGUUGCAAGUAAAGCUUUUUCAGCUUCAAAUAUGGCAUCUUCAGCUGUCACUGACCAAACUGUGGCUACCGAAAGACCAAACAAACGCAAAACUAUGGCCUCUGGGCGUUUACCAUGGCACAAAGAAGUGACACAAGGUUCCAAGAGGUCUCAGGAUAUUAGUAUUGCGGAACAAGAGUGGGCACGAGCCUCAAAUCGACUGAUUGAAAAGCAGAUGGAAGAAGAUGCUGGAGUUAUUGGACUGCCAUUGCUUCGAAAAAAGAGAAGGCUCAUCUUGACAACACAGCUUAUGCAGCAGCUGUUUUGCCCUCCUCCAGCUCCUGUUUUCACUGCAAAUGCUGCAUUGCACUAUGACAGUGUGAUAUACUAUGUUGCUAGAUUCUUGCUGGGGGAUACGUGCAGCCUGGUCUGUGGCAAAAGAAAUGAUUUGGGUGAACCAAUUAAUGGUAACAUGAUCAUAGAGGAGCUAAACAAUUCUGAGUGCACCGAUGUCCAACAUUUUUCAAAAGCUGUGGAAGUUCUGACCAGCAGAUCAAAGAAACUGGAAAGCGACUUGCUAAGCUUAGACAAGGCCACUUCUAUUUUAGAGUUAAGAAUGGAAUGCCAAGAGUUGGAAAAGGUGUCUAUCGUCCAUCGCUUUGCCAGGUUCCAUACCCGACCACCUGGUGUCUCUGGGACCACAGCUUCCUCUGAGACGACUACAUUAAACCCGUGCCCUCAGAGAUUCAUCGUUGCAGUUCCAAUGCCUGAGAAUGUGCCGGAUGGGGUACAAUGUCUUUCACUGUGAUUAUCAAUUAAUUGAUCCCCUUCCCAAGUGAAUCCUCUUUUCCUUUUUGUUGAUGUACAUGGUGGCAACCAAGAAAGAAGAGGAUUGAAAGUGUGACUGAGGCUGCUGUUCAUUUCUGAACAAGGCCACUUGUUGUCAUUUUUGAGAAAGUACAUAUUUGUUUUUGUAUAUUUUCACGGAACCAAGGAGAAUAGGUAGUACCCCAAGUAAGAUUUUCAAAUAGCCAAGGGGUAGUUGGUAGUAUGGUAUGGGUGUCUCUUUAGACUCUAGUUUCCUCAAGUUGCUACAUAAAUUUAGUUUAUACCUAAUUAAAAUGGAUACAUAGUAGCUGUGGCCAUUUUGUUCCUCUUUUUUUCUGGGUUUACUUUUCACCCCCUUUUCAGGUUCCUUUCCCAUGGAGCCUUGUAGAACUGAGGAGGUGGUGUCUUGAAGGGCAAGCAGUUACACUUUUGGUUGGAAAUAUGUUAAAAGGUACAUUUUAGUUGUAAUAUUGUUGUGCUAUUUUUUCCCUUUUUCUUUUCUUAAAUAGCUAGACUAGUUCCCCCAGAUACUUUUUUUCUUAAAUAAAAUAAAAGGGUUUCAGAAGCUUUUGGUUA